CUCCGUUUCACAAUUCACCCCCACCCACCCCCUCUCUCUCUCUCUCUCUUCAAGUUUUCCGUUUGAUCACUGAACACAACAACAACAACAAGAAGAAACAGGUAAGCAUUCGCUGGUCAACUUUUCCGUUUCCCUUCACAAACCCUAAUUUCACACCUCCAAUUUCCACACCCUUUCCUUCCACCAUCAUGUUUAUUAUUAUUAUUCAACCCUAUUAAUUAAUAUUAAUAAUAUUAUUAUAUCCAAACCCUACACCAUCCUUAUUAAUUUACCCUAAUUCAUGACUGCCGAUUCCUCCACCGCCACUGUUACCCACUCCGCCGACAACGACGCCGGUAAAACUCUACCGUCGCCCUGGCUCCACGUUGUCCGCGGACCAAUCCACCCGGAUUCGAUCUCUCCGCCGCCGCUGGCUGAUGAACGUGUUUCUGUUUCUUCCGAUCCGGUGGCGCCGCCGCUGCCGGAGGUCUCCGAUGGCAAUGCUGAUGGUGUGGUGAAAUCGGCGUGGAGUAAACCCUUGGUUGAUGGUGUGGUGGAAGGUGUAACUGUUUCUCCGGUGAUGGGUGCUGAUUUGUGGCCCGCCUUGUCUGAGUCGACUCGUCCCGGGGUAAAAUCGUCAUUUGUUUCUUCAGAGUCUUCAUCUAAACCGGCUAUUGAUGCAUCAGCUCAGGAACCUGUAAUUUCACAACCACCACAGAAGCAAGCAAAACCUAAUUUAAACUCUAAUAACAAUCCGAAUCAUGGCCGUCAGCGAUCAUUUAAACGCGGUGGAACUGGAAAUGCUGCUGCUGCUGCUGGCGGUGCAUCUGCGGGAUAUAUCAGGCCACCGCAGCCUCCGCCACUUCCGCCGCCGUUCCCUGUAUUUGACAUGUAUGGUAAUUUGUUGCCCCCAAUCCCAGAACCCCCGCAGGCUCCGUUUAAGGUUAAUAAUUGGUCUCCUAGACCGGUUGAUUCUACUUCGAAUAGGCAGCCUCCAGCCCGAAGGAAUAACUUUGGUCCUAGGCCGUUUAAUAACGGUUACGGUGGAAGGCGCGAGCAUCAUGCACCUAGAAGUCCUGCUGGUGCUGCUAGAGAUGUUAAUGUACCCCAUCAAAUGGCCCCACCACCUCCCCCGCCUUUUAGGGGGUAUUUUCGACCGCCCUUUUUGUUUCCUCAGCCCGUAAGACCGUAUGGAGCUCCAAUGGGUUAUGAAAUGGGGGGAUCGUAUGUAUAUUUUCCUGCACUAGCUCCAGCCCCUUAUAGGGGCGGUGCGCCUGUUUAUCCUCAUGGAGCUUCGGUUUCUUCAAUGCCGAUGAGUUCUGUGGAUCUAUCUUUGCAUGAUGAGAUACUUAAACAGAUUGAAUAUUAUUUCAGUGAUGAUAAUUUGGUAAAAGACAACUAUUUGAGGUCUCAUAUGGACGAAGAGGGAUGGGUAUCGAUCACAUUAAUAGCCGGUUUUCCUAAAGUUCAAGCUCUGACAAAUGACAUUCAAAUGCUAUUGAGCGUCUUGAGAGAUUCAAGUACUUGUGAAAUUCAGGAUGACAAGGUAAGAAGACGUGCUGAUUGGAAAAGAUGGAUACAUACACGGCGUGAAGUAACUGAGAAUUCUGUCGAAGAAGCUUCAUUACAGAAGCUCUCAUUGGAAGACGGGCCUACAAACGAAGAACAAGUGCUAGCCAAUGGGGAUGUCAGCCCUGAGGACCCCUGUUCUUAAAGUCAAACUUUUGUUUAUGCAGUCAAAGUCAACAUCGUAUUUUUGAGCUUUGACUGUGCUCAGAUUUUGCAGUUUUCAGUAAAUAGGUAAUGGGUGCCUGAAAAAAAAGAGAGCUUUGGAUUAUCGGCUAAUGAGUCUUGAUGGUUUGUAUAGUUUGCCGUAUUAUAUGUUGCUGUUGGGGAUUGAUGAUUGGUGGAGGGAGCGUAGAAUCAGAUGCUUUUGGUUGGAAGUUAUGCAGCUGGUGUUUACAGAAGAAGAUCAUGAUUAUGAUUAUUAACCAUUAUUUGUUGGUUUAAAUCUUUAUCACUUGGAUUUUUACAUGUCUUUUUGAAUGGGUAUGGUACUUUUGACAUGUUUUGACUUUUGGACAUAUCUGACCUUUGUAAAAGAUUGUUCUUGUAGCUCAAUUUGUGAUGAAUUUUGGUUUGUUUUCAA